AUGAAUACAACUUCUACUGACUGUAAUACAGAAAUUACAGCUGAUAAUCGAUCAAGCCCAGUUUCUAAUGAAGAAUGGAAUCAACAAACACUUAUUGAUGUACGAAAUAUUCUUCAACCGCAAAUAUCAAAUGCAUCAUGGCAACAUUUUCAUGAACAACAGUCGGGAAAAAUUGAGAAACAAACUAUUUAUCCUAAUUAUAUUCUUCAUCCGGAAGCUAUUCCGUCUCUUAAUAAUGUUUCACAGGAACUCAAUAAGCGUCGUAAUGUUCAUUGUAAUGAUCCUUUAAUGCUUGAAACAUUGGAAACAGAAAUUCCAAUGGAUAUUGCAAGUUUAUUACAGGAUGAAGUUGAACGUGCUGUACAAAAUCGAACAACUAGCAAUCAAAAUAAUGAUCAAGAAAAUAAAGCUGAAGUACCAGACGAUAUGGAAAAUUCAUUUCAAGGUAUAGUUACUCCUGAACACAUAGCUUCAACAAAUCUAUCAAAUAAACCAUUUGAAUAUCAUCAACAAGAAUCAUUUUUAACACGUUCAUUAAGUAAUGAUAAAACAAGCUUAAGUGAAGUAUUUCAAAGAAUAAAAAUAUCUGGCGAUUCUCAUAUGCCAUAUAUUGAAGAUCUAGAAGAUUCUGUUACUCCAUUACUUCGUGCAUUAGUUAUUCGUGAAAAAUAUAUGUUUUUCAGUCUACAAUCAUAUCCACCAACGGUUGCCAAUUUUUUAAGUAAAACAUUAGAAGAAGAAGAAAAUCAAUCACGUCGUGCAUCAUUAAGUGUCAAUCGACUUAAUAUAGGGGAGCCUUAUCAACGACAUCCACCAGAUAUAAAACGUGAAGAGGCACUUAAAAUCCCAUUACUUCCACGUAUUGAUUUUUGUGUUAAAGCAGAAAAGGGUAUUUAUUGUGCUUAUAUACUUAAUGAAGAAAAACAAUGGAUAGCAACUGAUUAUCCGUCCAUUGAUCGUGAUGAUUUUAUUGAAGAUUAUAUACUCCUAUCAAAAAUGGUUACAGAUGGUCCAUUAAAAUCGUUUUGUUAUCGUCGUUUACAAUAUCUUAAAGCUAAAUAUGAAUUACAUUGUUUACUUAAUGAAGUUAAAGAAUGCGCAGAAAUUCGAUCAAUUCCACAUAGAGAUUUUUAUAAUGUUCGAAAAGUUGAUACACAUAUUCAUGCAGCAUCAUCGAUGACUCAAAAGCAUUUAUUACGUUUUAUGAAGAAAAAACUGAAAACAUCAGGUGAUAUGCAAGUUUAUAAAAGAUAUGAUGGAAGAAUUAUGACAUUACAAGAAGUUUUUGAUGAAUUAAAAGUUACAGCUUAUGAUUUGAGUGUUGAUCUACUUGGUGUUCAUGCUGAUCGACAUACAUUUCAACGUUUUGAUCGUUUUAACGCAAAAUAUAAUCCUAUUGGUCAAAGUGAAUUACGAGAAAUUUUUCUUAAAACUGAUAAUUAUGUUGAUGGAGUAUUUUUUGCUGAUCUAUUAAAAGAAGUUAUAUCUGAUUUAGAAGAGAGUAAAUAUCAACAUGCCGAACCUCGUUUGUCGAUCUAUGGUAAAAGUAUUGAUGAAUGGAGUAAAUUAGCGAAAUGGUAUAUUAAAAAUUCAAUGUAUUCGACAAAUGUGGCUUGGAUGGUACAAAUACCUCGUCUUUAUGAUGUUUAUUAUGCAAAUGGUAUGGUGAAAAAUUUUCAAGCUUUUUUAACAAAUAUAUUUCAACCAUUGUUUGAUGCAACUAUUGAUCCUGAAUCACAUCCAGAUUUAUUUCGUUUUAUGUAUCAUUUAACUGGCUUUGAUUCCGUUGAUGAUGAAACUAAACCUGAAAAACCAACAGUUACAGCUGAUAUGCCAUAUCCAGAUGAAUGGAAUACAAAAGAAAAUCCACCUUAUGCUUAUUAUUUAUUUUAUUUGUAUACAAAUAUUCUUACACUUAAUCAACUUCGAAAAGCACGUGGUCUAAACACAUAUCAACUUCGUCCACAUUGUGGUGAGGCUGGUACUGCAGCACAUCUUGUUACAGCUUAUAUGGUUUCAGAAAAUAUUUCUCAUGGUUUACUUUUACGCAAAUCACCAGUAUUGCAAUAUUUAUUUUAUUUAUGUCAAAUUGGUAUUGCUAUGUCACCAUUAAGUAAUAAUUCAUUAUUUAUUAAUUAUAAUCGAAAUCCAAUGUUGGAAUAUUUUGAACGUGGUCUUUGUGUAUCAUUAUCAACAGAUGAUCCAAUGCAAUUUCAUUUCACAAAGGAACCAUUAAUGGAAGAAUAUUCUAUUGCCGCUCAAGUAUGGAAAUUAUCAUCGGUUGAUAUGUGUGAAUUAGCGCGAAAUUCUAUUUUAAUGAGUGGUUUUUCUCAUGAAGUUAAAGAAUAUUGGCUUGGUUCAACUUAUAAAGAACAUGGUGUUGCUGCUAAUGAUAUUCGUCGUACAAAUGUACNACCACUCAGUUUUUUUCGAAAUUAG